CGGAACUUACCAAGAUGGCUGUCACAAGUUUAUAUUUAUUUGUAUUUAUAGUUUAAAACUUUAAAUACUAGCGUAAAUACGUCUUAAUUGUCAAAUUAUUCGUAUGUAGUGAAUUAUGUGUACCACAGAUGAGAAGUAGAAUAUGAGGUCUCAUAUUUCUUAAGAACUGUAUAGAAUUGGGUAUAUAUUAGUGAUCAGCCUAUGAAGGGAUGGGCUUGUAUUGAACAUACUUGCUUAUACUUCAGAAUAAUAUCUUAUAUUCAUGACGACAGAAGGUGAAGUCAUAGUUAUGUAGCAUUAUUUAAUUGUAUUUAGUAUUCAUUUCAUUUAAACUUGGUAACCGAAUUCAAAUUGAUGUUGGUUGCAUAAUUUCAAGUCAUUAUUGUGGAGGUUAUAAAGUCAUAAAUUUAUAUUGCAGCUUCUGAAACAGUCUUCAUGACCAGCUGUUUCAGGGAAAUCUGUAAUGCAAACAUAUACAGAAGUCACAAGUUCCUUAGGAUGUUCAGAUUGCAGAUCUAGUUUCAACUCUGCAUCCUUGCUGUUGCAACAUUUUGCUCAACACGUCUUUCAGGAAGCCUCUGGCUGUCAGAUAAAGCAUGGCAGUAUUCUGCCACCUGAGGAUGAAGCACAAUGUAUGCAGAAACAUGCCACAAUGCCACAUUUACAAAAAAAGAAAACAGAAACCAUCCUAGAAAGAGUUUUGAAACGGAAUUCCGCAUUGCGCCACCUGACAGUAACUGGUCGUUGUGAACCAGGUCCCUCUGCCAGUAAUGAGGAUGUUAGAUUAUUUCCUACAGCAAACAGUUUGUCUUCCCAGUUACCAGUAUCACAAACAGCAGGUCCAGACGAAGCCUGUCAUGUGAUGUCAGGCUGUUUGGAAGCGAGAGUUCUGAAAAAUAGGAGCACAGCUGGAUUGGAUAUGUUGUUGGAAAUAGGGCAACGUGCAAAGGAGAAGAAUAAUCAGAGUUCACUGCCCAUCUUCUCUUCUUCUUCAUCUUCCUCUUCCAGCGAUGUUCACCUUGUUAGAUGCGACCUUCAAAAACGUCUGGAAAACUGCAUAUCUAAAUUAGCAACAACACGGAAAAAUGGGGUUAUGUUGGAAAACAAUAAGCAUUUUAAUAAAGAUAUUACCAUUUUAUCAGACACAAAGAAGAAAACCCAGUUGAAUUGUAUAAAAAAUAAAGCAAAUUCAGAACUAAUUGGUAACACAGGAGCCAUUAAAAUACAGGAAUGUGCGAAGAAGAAUGAAGAACUAGAGGACUUCAACCCUUUGAAGUUCUGUUUUGUCACCUUAGAGGAGCAUGAAGACAGUGUAGAACAUCAAAAAGAGGAAUUGGCUGAAGGAUCUAUGGUGAAAUCUCCACGGGGUGCAUCAAGUCGCAAACAAAAAUCUCCAAAGAGAGUGUACUACCGUCAAAAUGGAAAAUUGGCCCACAGAUCCAUAGCAUCAGCACUUAGUCUGGAUGAUGGUGAGAAGGUUGUGUCUUCCUUCACAUGUAAGAAGAAAUACCCAUGUCACUUGUGUUCCAAAGUGUUUGGAUGGUCCACUGAUCUCAAACGGCACAUCUUGACCCAUACUGGAGAACGCCCUUUCAAAUGCAGUACAUGUCAAGCGACGUUCACUCGCAACUUUCUCCUACAGAAACACGAAAAGAAAAUCCACAAUUCAUGUUUCAUGGUGUCACAGGAAAGUGCAACCUCCGAUUUGUAUGAGCCCUCAAAUAAAAAUCAAAUCCAGAAAGAUGUAAAAGGAGGAAGUGAAUAUUGUGCUAUGAAACAUUUGAUGCAGUGUAGUGAUGAUAGUGAUGAAGAUAGACUGGUGAUAUGUGAUGAUGGGGAGAAACCAAACAGAGCUGUGCCAGCCUGCUCGGUAAGGAAGUUACAAAAUGGGGACUUGCACAAAAUUCAUCCAGCCAAGAAAAGAAAAGAAAUACAGUACAAGAUCUCUUCGUAUGAAAUGUUUUCACAUGAAGCCUUAAAUAUCUUAUAGCUGUACUUAUGAAAACAGUAUUGAAACUAGGCAUGUGUGAGAAUGACUUUCAGCUUGUGGCUAGAAUUUGGAAAAAUUUGGAGAAUUGAGAGAAGAAUUUUCUCUCUGAAAUAUUUUUUUUUUAUUAUUACAAUUUAUAACCAUAGCCAGUCUCUCAGAGUGUGCCACUUAUCCCCUUUUGGUAUGAUCUUUUUUAAAUGAAAAAUUAUAAUAAUCCAUUGUAUUUAAAAAAAUCACUUGUAGGACCAUGUUUUUUCACCAUGGGUGGAAAGAGUUUUUUUUCUGACAAAUUGAUUUUUGCUAGCAUUGCAACCAUUGGGGUUCUGACAUCUGGUAGUCUUUGAGUAGCUGGAAGUUCAAGACUGGUAAUCAAUAUUGAGAAUUUUUCAGUUUGAUCUUGAAAAUGCAAGACUUGCACAUGCCUAAUUGAAACUGUAGUCUGUAAUUUGAGUAUUUACUGCAGAACCAUGCACAUGUGUGUGUGCUCGAGUUGAAUUUAUUACUAAGAAAGAUAAUAUAUGAAGGGUCCAUAUACAAGAAUCAUAAAACAAUAAGUCCUUGAGUACCAUAGAGUUGACCAGAUUUUUAUAUCCUUCAGAUUAUAUAUUUACAUACAACAUAUUUUUAUAGUCAGAAGAUUUAAGAUUGAAUGACACAGAUAGUAUACUAAAAUUAUUUAUUCAUUACAGUCAAGAGGCUAGAAAGUUACCAAUUUUAAGUUCUACAUUCUUGAUAGCAUAAGUACUUAAUAAAUGAAAGUAUUCUUACAUAAAGAAUUAAUAGUUUCUAAAUAGAAAAUUAAAGAACUACUCUAAUAAUAAAACAUAGUGCAGGAUGUGACAAAUGUAGGAAAGCAUUUAGAUUUGUGUUCACUAUAUUUAUGUUCCUAACUGUAGUGAUUGCAGUUUUCAGGAAUCGCUUCAUUUACGCACUGUCUUUCUCAGGUUUGAUUGAAAUAGUGAUUUCCAUAAACAUCCCAGUGCUUUAGCCUAAUGUGUUAGAUUUUAUGUUUAUAAUAAUGAAUUAGCAAUUUCUAAUAACAAAAAUAAAUUAAAAUCCAUUAUCUAUUAUACAGGG